UGAUGUCAAGUGGCCGCCCAGCACUUCUCUCGUUUGCCCAGGCUGCCGCCUUGGCCGUGUGUCAGUGUCUGGCCGUGGAGGCCACUCACCCGUCCAGCCCGGGCUUUGAGGACUGCGGCGCCAGCGAGGCCGCGACGCCCAUGCCCGUGCGGCACGUCCGCCCCGUCAGAGCGAAGAAGCACAGGCAGCCGCCCGCGCCCGCCGCGCCCGUCGUGGUCCAGCUCAUGGAAAUGGGCUUUCCCAGGAGGAACAUCGAGUUCGCGCUCAAGUCGCUCACGGGCACCGCCGGGAAUGCUGCGGGCUCGCCGGGCGUGGAGGCCCUGGUGGGGUGGCUGCUGGACCACGCCGACGUGCAGGUCACGGACCUCUCUGACGCAGACACGGGGUCGGAGGAGUGUUCCGACGAGGAGGGCGUGGACGACGUGGACGACAUGGCCUAUGCCGUGUCUGCUGGCGCUGUCGUAACAGAGAGCCAGACUUACAAGAGACGAGCCGACUUCCUGAGUAACGACGAUUACGCCGUGUACGUGCGCGAGAACGUCCAGGUGGGAAUGAUGGUGAGAUGCUGUCGAACGUACGAGGAGGUGUCGGAAGGAGACGUGGGGAAAGUGAUCAAGCUGGACAGAGAUGGGUUACACGACCUCAACGUGCAGUGCGAUUGGCAGCAGAAAGGAGGCACUUACUGGGUCAGGUAUAUUCACGUGGAACUUAUAGGCUAUCCUCCACCAAGUUCUCCUUCUCACAUCAAGAUUGGUGAUAAAGUCCGUGUCAAAGCCUCCGUCACCACCCCAAAAUACAAGUGGGGAUCCGUGACCCAUCAAAGCGUGGGGGUUGUGAAAGUUUCGAUCUUAAUUUCAGGUUUUGAUUGGUGGCAGAGAUGUUUCAGGCACUUUCUGUUCUGUGCUAGCGUUCAGCGCCAACGGCAAAGACGUCAUCGUCGACUUCCCGCAGCAGUCCCACUGGACCGGGCUGCUGUCGGAGAUGGAGCUGGUGCCGAGCGUUCACCCUGGGGUCACGUGCGAUGGCUGUCAGAUGUUUCCUAUCAACGGAUCUAGAUUCAAAUGCCGAAACUGUGAUGACUUCGACUUUUGUGAGACGUGUUUCAAGACCAGAAAACACAACACCAGGCAUACAUUUGGCAGAAUAAAUGAGCCAGGUACGGUAGGGUGGCAGCGUUCUC